AUGGAAUACCAAUACUCACAUGUCAUUGAUCCAAGGUCUUACGAUAAUCUUGGACUCUGUGAUGGAAUCCCAUUGCGGGUUCACCGAAACGCAGAUUUAGAAGAAGCAGGCACUAUUCGCUUGAGAGACGACUGGCGCAAGUAUGUUGGGCCUUUGCCUGGGACAAAUGGUGGCAACAUAGGGCCAGUUUACAGCUUUACUUCGGUCACCAUUCCAGAAUGCCUUCCAGAUCGACUUGAAGUUGUUUCCUAUGUGAUGGAGCUUGGCUUUCUUCAUGAUGAUUUAACAGACACUUCGAAAGUUGACGAGUUAGCACAAAUCGAAGGAAGCCCGUUAUGCUCAGGUGAAGGGCGCAUCAUCCAAGAUGUGGUAGAGGAAUUGAUUGCCAUAGACCCCUUCAGAGCCAAGGAGCUAGUCAAGGAUGCGCUUAACUACUGGAAGCGAAGCUUGGGCUCUCGUCAACACCGAAUACAUUUUGCCAACUUCGAGGAUUACCUAGAGUACAGAGUUACAGAUUGUGGUUCACUCUUCUUGUAUGGGUUGGCGACCUUUGGAAUGUGUCUUACUAUUCCAGCUGAGGAAAAAGACGAGUGUUUUAGACUCUCUCGACCAGUUUGGGCAGCCGCUGCUCUUACAAACGAUGAAACGAUAUUAACAGAAGAUAUUAUAGUGGUAGGGUCACAAGACACAAACAACAUGGUUAAUAGCGUUUGGGUAUUGAUGAAACAGCACUCAGUUGAUGUGGAUACAGCCAAGGGCAUGAUCCUUGAAAAAGUCCGCUAUUUCGUUGCUGAGUAUGUUGAUACCGUGAAAAAUGUUCAUGAUAUGGACAAGCUGUCCCUUGAUUCGAAGCGAUUCAUUGAGACAAUGCAGUACAUGAUCAGCGGGAACCUCCUCUGGAGUGUUUCGACCCCAAGAUAUCACCCGGACUGUACGCUGACGGAUCUUCAAAUCUCCCGAAUGAAGCACAACUGGCUUAUUGACCAUAACAGAGCGCACAAAGCGAGAAAUGGGGCCAAUUCUUGUCGCCCACUGUAA